GAUUCCCGCCGACUAACCUUCUCUUCCAGACAUCGUUGCUGUGACUGUUACGUGAGGACCCCGCGCUGCACCGGAAAUAGGAGACCAACGCAGAGCCUGUGCUAUAUGAUACCCUUCCGCCCUCACUUUCCUGAACGGCUUCAAUUAACAACCUGCCGUCACAUGGAUGUAAAGCGUGAAGGCGGCCAUAUUUGUACACCCAUUUUCUUUUGCGACACAAAUCAAGCCGCAGGAAAAGUGUUGGCGGCCAUCUUGGUACCCCUUCUCUUUGCGUGGUCCUAAUGGCGUUUCCGUGCUGCGGAAGUCUGGCAACGGCCAUCUUGGUACUCCCAAGGAAGAAGAAGAGCUGGAACAGUCCAUAGAAAGCGGUGUAACCCCUGUGUCAUCUGGGCUGCUGCACUUUGCAUGCACCAGUGACAGUGUCACUAUGAGAGGAGAAUGUAUGUGAGUACAGGUGUAAUACAUCCAGAGAGCGCUCAGACAUCCAGGAGGAGAUGGCAGAGAGGCAGCUGGUCAUCUGUGCAGGAUGGCCGCAGGCUUAUAACCCCAGAGGACUGAACCCAAGGGUCUGUUACAGAAGAGGAGGAGGGUCUUAUACAAUUCCACAGUAGUACACAAUGAAACACUUUUGUGGUGCACAGGUCAUAAUUGGGGCCAUGAGGCCACCUAGUCGGUCCUCCCUUAUUCUGAGCCGUAGAAUCACACUCCUCAGUGUAAGGACUCUCUGCUCUCCUACUUCUAAAACUCCAGACACCAAACCCUCAUCGGACCAUUCUGGAGUGAGCCCCUUGCAGGAGUGGAAGGAAGUGGCCAAAACUGUGGGUAGAAACUCCAUGCAAAGAGUCUCUACCACGGCCAAAAGCUGGUGGGACCGAUACGAAGAGUUUGUAGGACUUGUAGAAGUCCGAGAAGCUCAAGGAAAAGUAGCAGAGGCGGAGAAGGAUUUCAUGGUGGCCCGUGGGAUCGUGCGGGAGGCUCGUGAGAGUGUGGAGUCCCAGCUGCUGAAACUGAAGGAAGUGCGGGAUCGCCUGGACAGAGUGUCUCGCGAUGAUAUCCAGUACCUGGAGCUAGCUACACUGGAGCACAAAUUGCUGCAGGAAGAAAAAAGAUUGAGAACUUCGUACAUCAAUGCAGAAGAGAAUGAAAGAGAGACGUUCUUCAGCUUCUCCGCCUCUGUGAGGGAGAGCCACGAGAAGGAGAGAACCAGAGCAGAGCGGACUAAGAACUGGUCAGUCAUUGGGUCUGUUCUGGGUGCAGUUAUCGGGGUCAUGGGGUCAACCUAUAUUAAUCGCGUCAGGCUGCAAGAAUUAAAGGUCCUGCUUCUGGAAGCGCAGAAAGGACCAAUCAGCUUACAGGAAGCCAUCCACGAACAUGCGUCUGUACACCAAUCCCAGCAAAAGGAUCUUGGUGACCUCAUUGUAUCAUUAAGAAAUGUGGUACCAGGUACAGUGCCGUCAUCCCAAGUGUCUCCCAAAGGUGGCUCUGAGUCUCCAGGAAAAGCCGUCGCUUCAGACGAUCGGGUGUUUACGGUAAUUAAGGAGCAUAUGGCUUACACCAAGGAAACCGGGAAGAACUUGGAAGGCUUACAGCAGAAAUAUGGAGACCUGGAAAAGAGUAUCGGCAAAAUAGCAACAGAUGUUCAGAAUGUGAAGUCUAAACUGUCCUCGCCGCCCACAGCCAGAGUCGCCCCCGUGUCUGUGCCUGGGGACAGCGGGCAGGAAGGUCCGCUGCAGAAUGUUAUACUUGUAUUGUCAGAAGCCGAGCAAAGGCUGGGGACUCAAAUUAAUAGAAAUUCCAUUUACAGCACUGCAUUGACAUGUAUGGUGUUCACAUUAACAAUUCCUAUAUUGUACGUUUUACUGAAGGGAAACUAGACAUUACCUAACACAAAUAAUAAAAUGUCCUUGACCGA